AUGGAAAGACUUGAGACCACAGUCCUUGCCAAUUUUAGAAAAGUUUCCUUUGUCGAGAGAGCUUUAUGAUACAUCAACUCAACUAGACAUCCUGAAUCUGCCUGAAGCAGCAAUAUAGCACAUAUGUCAGGGAGCAGUAAUAUUACACCUAACACAAUCACCACUUUUCACUAUACAAAGUAUCGAAUUAUCAUAAUGAUAGAUUUGCCUCCUUCUGUAUUUUCCUAUAAUUCCAAACACAAUGAUUUUACUAUCAAUUUGAUUCCAUCAGUAGUCAAAAAAUUUUUAUACUAAACAAUUAUAAAUCUGGCCUGACUAUUAUUUGGCAUAUUUUUUUAAAAAAAUCGUCAAAUUUCUAUUGAAAAAGUAUAGAAUUUUUAUAUGAAAAUUCAGCUGACAUAAAUGCCAAAAUCGACUUAGGAAUUAUUUGUGUCAGAAUGCCUAAUGAGCCUAUAAAAGUUGUAGUCCAAUCCUACCGUUUACAGCACUUUGAAGACUCUAUCGACAUAGUUGACCAGCUCUCUUUCUAUUUACAUGGAAUUCAGUCAGAAAUAGGGAACACAAUUUCGUCCUUAUACUCCAAUGAGAGAUUGGAAGGCGGAAUUGAAUUCACCACAAGCUUAAAAUGAAGCCUUUUCGCUUUAAAUUUAAUGGAUGACGAUGCCUUGCCUAUGGUUGUGUAUAUCACAGACGCUGUUAAUUGCAAUUUGGUACUAGGGAUUUAUGAUGGAUUAGUAAUGCAGUAUUGCAGGGCUGACGUGGCUUUCCACAUAAUAAACUUAUCAGACGGAACUGGGUCUUAUUCCAGUCAGUUUGGAUAUUUACCAGACCCUAUGAAUAUAAAAUUGAUGGCAAAAGCGACAGGCGGGAUUUAUAUGACCCCAAGCAACAUGCAUGAAAAAACCAAGCUUAUUUUGGAGAGAAAAAUAUUUUUGACUGCUAAAAGAGAUACUUAUUAUGACGGUAACGAAAACUUGCAGUGCUCACAGUUUGAAGAGUAUUGUGUUCCAAUGCCUCAUAUAAUUUUAGUCCAAUGCACCCUCAGAGAAGGCUUCAUGCUGAAAAAUAUUGAUGGAGAAAAAAUAAUUUUAUGGUUUAACUGCCACUGCAGCACAAAAAUCGAAUAUAUUAUUUAUCCAAUUGACAAUGAUAAAAGCACUAUUCAAAUUAAUAUUAUAGGAAGACCUAAGCUUUUCAAAAAAUUAAAAAUGAAAGGGUUGACGUCUCCUCUUUUGUCAAAAGAAUCUAAGCCUUCAUUAGCAGCAAGAGUUAUAUGGCUAAUACAGAAUAUGAAGGAAACAGAACAGACUGCAUUAAAUUUAUAUCAAGGGAUAACCAGGAAUGAUAUAAUACAAUGAGGAGUAAAUAUUUUAAUUUUUAGGUAAAAAUAACCAAAUUUCUAUUUAUAAAUAUAGGGUAUAAGAUAUUUAGGAGAUAAAAUGGUAAAUAUCCAUUUAUCCAAAUGGCAUAGGUGGUUCCAUGUAGAAAGCCUAGAUCUUAUUAUCGUCAAAUUAAACCAAAAUCAGCCGAAUUAUGGAAGAGAAAAAGUCAGAGAUAAAAUCAAGACCUUAGGAAGCGGCUGCUUUAUGGACGACAUGUACAUAGAAAUUGUCGAAAAAACUGGAAUUUUCGCUGCAAAAAUUAAUUGGGAAAUCUAUAAUAAAGCAGCCAUUUAUUUUGCGUUUUUUGAGUGCUCAACUGAAUUUCGGCUUGAAAAAUUAGAAUCAAUUUAUAGCAGCUUAAAAAAAUCCUGCCAAGAAGUAUUCGAAAGACCUAUGUGCAAAGCAAUAGUAGAGGAAGCUCCAGCCCAAAAAAAGAGCUACUGGUCUAAAGUUUAUUCAGUCUUUACUUAUAGGCCACACAGUAAGGCUAUUAAAUCGUUUAUGUUCAAAUGCAUCAGAAGGCAGCACCUCUACACAAUGAGAUCUGCCCAGCUUAUGAUAAAUAUAGAGGUUUCCUCUAUAUAGCGCUAAAAGCGCAGACAUUUUCCCAGGAGCUUUCCAAGUUCGUCGGACCAAAUCGCUUUUUGGUCCGACCAAGGCAUUGAUUUGGUGCAACCUACCGAUAAAUUCCGAUCAGAAUUUAUCGGCCUUACAGCGCCAAACAUAGAAACUUCUAUAUUUUAUUUGCGUCAAGACUAAAACAAGGUUUUUAUUCUAUAGGGUACUGUGAAAGAGACAAAUAUUUAUUAUUAAAACCAUUAGAAGUAGAAAUAGACAACAGAAGCCAAAGCUUUUUUAUUCAGUAUUUAAUUUAUAUUGAAAAAACUGAAGUUGUUACAGAAUUAUAUGUAGAGCCUGCUCUGGCUAGUUUUUAUGAUAAAUUUGAGUAUGAUUUAUUACAAGAAAUUAAAGAAGAAUAUGAGACUUAUGACGAUUUUAUGUAUAGCUCUAUUUUUUGCCUAGAUUUUUUGAUAUAUAUAUAAAUUUAAAUGAACGUUUACUAUAUGAAAAUAGGGCUACUAUGGUUAUAUUUAUUAUAAGUGGGUAUAAAUGCUUAGAACAUAAGCUCGAUAAUGGAAGCCUAGACGAUACUAUGAGCAGCGAUGACUAUGACACAAAAGUCAUAGAAAUCUCUGAAGACGAUGACUUAUUUUGCUAUAUUCAAGUAGAAGACUUAAGUAAAGCUGAAAACUAUGACGAAAUCAAAGCGCAGACUUAUGAAAAAAUGUAUGAGGUCAUGAACUCUUUUCAAAAUUUCUGCAAUUGCAUCCCAAAACUGCCAUAUUUGUUAAAACACUCAAAUUACUAUUCAUUGGAUUUGGAAGUUUUUUCUUCAGAGCAUAUCUAUGCAUCAGAAUCUUAUAGAUCAGCCCUUGGCAGACUUUAUUCUAAUACUUUGACAGCGUUUAUUGAUAUGUCAGAUUAUCAGGACUGUUUGGACUCUGUGCAUCAUUUUUUGUGAGCGUGUCUUCACACGAGGUCUACUCCAUAACGACUAUUUUUUUUGGCCUAUUUUUUUUUGGCCUAUUUUUUUUGGCCUAUUUAUUUUAGGUCUAUUUUUUUUAGGUCUAUUUUUUCUGUCGAGGAUAAUUCAUGAAGCUGCUGAGAGAACUAAAUAAUUAUUGGGUAACGGAUGUAUUUCCUUACACGAUUAAUAUUGAGUUAAUUAAGUGGAAAAAUCCUAAUUAAAUUUAAAAUUCUCGAAAUUUAAAAAGCAAUGAAUUAGCAUUAUUGGAGUAAGAGAUCUGUUAAAGGUGUAUUUUAUGUUGAUAAAAUCGUUUAAAAUACAUUAAAAGUCAUAUUAAAAUCAUUAGUAUGAAAUUAGGCCUAAAUAUUAGUAAAAAAUAGCUAAAAAAUGGCCAAAAAAAGUCCAAAAAAAGUUCAAAAAAAUAGGUCAAAAAAAAAUAGGCUAAAAAAAAAUAGGCCAAAAAAAAAUAGGCCAAAAAAAAAAAAUAGGUCAAAAAAAAAUAGGCCAAAAAACAUAGGCCAAAAAAAAAUAGGCCAAAUAAAAUUAGGCAAAAAAAAAUAGGCCAAAAAAAAAUAUGCCAAAAAAGCUUAGGCUAAAAAAAAAAUAGGCCAAAAAAAAAAUAGGCCAAAAAAAUAUAGUCUUUAUGGAGUAGACCUCGUGUGAAGGAACCUUUUUGUGAGAUAUAUAAAUUCUAUAAGAAAUUUAUAUAUAUAGCCUAUUAAGAAAUAUAAGGGUGUUUUUGAUAGAAAAAUUAUUGGAAAAGGGCAUAAUACAAUUUUAAUAUGGCUUUUGCCUAGUUUUGAAGAAUUUUUGUAUGCUUUAAGCUGCUCAAAGAAAAGCUUUCCAAUUUAUCUAUAUGAAUGCAGCCAGCAUAAGCUAGAUACUAUGAAUAUUGAUAAAAGAAGACAGUCCGCCCCAAUUGUCCUGCUCCAGCAGAACACAACACUAUGCAGGUCUAUUCAACUUCUCCAAAGAAUCUAUAAAGCUGUGCUAAAUGGAACUUAUUACCAAGCAUUAAAAAACGAAGAAUUACUCGCCACCUUUGAAGAUAUGGAAAGGCUUGUUUCCUGCUGCGAAAUCAGCACCUACACAAUAGAAAUUUCAAUAAUUUACAACCAUCUCCACAAGCAGUGGGACUCCCUUGAAGACCUUUCUAAAUGCUUAAUUUCUCGCAGUCUUGAGCUGAAUUCUGAUUUAUUUAGAGAAAUUGAUGAAAAAUUCAACAAGCUUUUAUCAAAAUAUUUUAAAAGAAUCCCUAAUAGUAACUAUUUUAUCCUAAACGAUGAUAAAGAAAAAUGUUUAUUAAGCAUCGAUGACUUUACAACCCUUCUAAGCCACUGCACAGUAAACCCUGAGGUUUCUAUAAAUCUGUACAGUCUUCAGCAUAAAACUUUUUUUUCUAAAGAGCGGCACCAACAUAAAAAUUUAGAAUCUCCUAUAUCCCCUACCAAAAAAAUAAAAACUGGGCUAUUAAGUAUCGUAGGAGAAAAAGCACGGUCUUUAUAUGCAGAAAUUACCUUGGAUUUAUUAUCAAAAAAUUUACCGAUUGACCCUAUAACUUUAUCAUUUGUGUUAGAACAGCUGAAUUAUGUUCAUGAGACCGUAAAAUUUGAGUAUAAGGUAGAGUCUGUGCUGAAGGAGCAGGAUAUCACGGAGCUGAUUAACCAAGAAUUUGUAAAAGGAAAAGUAGUGUCGACGAGGACUAUUGGGAAUGUGCACUUUGUGGUAUGCCAAAUAGUGAUAGCACAUCCAGGAAUUUGCCAGGAAAUGGUGGAUAAUGAUUAUUCAGUACCUUUUUGGGUGAUUAUUAAUGUCCUGCAGCCCAAUAUCAUUGAAUGUUCCUUUUUCUUGCCAGACCAUAUGAAAAAUACAGAGCUGACUGUAGAAAAGGUCCAGGCAAGGCUUACAGGGUAUUUUAAAGAUAUCGAAAUUAGAGUAAACCAAAGGAUGCUGCUAAAACAGCUAGAGGAAACUGGAAAAAUUUCUAAUUUAUUGAUGAAUAUUGAUAACCAAAUUGAAUUUCCUAAUGAAAACUACGAAAAAGGCCCAAGAGAACGCGCAAAAAAAAGAUUCACACGAUUUUCUACCACAAAUAAAAUCCUCCCCAACCAAAAGCCAAUCACAAAAAACCUUACAGCUUACAAGCUUCCUCUGCAGCAUACAAACCAGUUUAUAGUUUCUGAUAGACUUGCCAAAAAUGAGUCAAUAAAUUCCUUAGUCUCAAAAUUCUCAAUUCCUCCAUUUUUAAUUGACAAUCGUGAAGGGCUAUAUCAGCUUGCCCAUGACUCUGACAUUCUUGUAUUUAAAUUUUCUGAGAUUGAGCAAGAAAGAAUAGCGUCAUACCCAAAGCACCAGACGACGCCUAAUAAUUCUCCGAGUCAUAGGAGGACUUCUUCAUCUUUGAUAAUCAGGAUGGUGAAAUUAGAAAUUUAUGGAAUUGAUCCGCCUUCGGCGGAUACGAUAGAAAAGCUAGAACAAAGGGUCCAGGAGCAGCUGCAGCAGAUUUCACUGUUUAAGCUUGCAGAUUCGUUGAUAAAAAAUCAAAAAAAUGUAAUGACCCUGGGGGAUUCACAGUUUAUCCAAGGAAACCUGCCACCUAUUAUUAUAUUAUUUCCUAUUACCUCGCUGGUUUCUGAUAUAAAUUUAUUAGCGAAAUACACGAAGCAGAAUUUAAUGAGAUUUUUAGUGCUAUUCCAAAUAAGAGAAUUGUUAAACGAAAAGGAGCCGUCUGUGCUCGUAUAUAAUUAUUUAAAUAUCAUUGAAAGCAGCUCAUAUAAAACAAAUUCACCUAUAUUUAAAUCGAGACAGGAAACUAAACAGGCUCAAUUUUUAGGAAAUACGUUUGGGAAAGCCUUGGCCCUGCUAUAUCUUGACGUUUAUUAUUUUAAUGGUGAAAAUAUAAUACCAUUUACUGAAGUUACUAAUGAAUGUAGCCCCACCUUUGAAACUUGGAAUGAAAAUUAUAUCAAAGCUGAAAUGCUUAUAAAUAAAACAAGCGGGAUGUCUAGCCCUUCUUUUCCAGGAAAUUAUUUAGAAAUAAAAAUUUACAAAAAUGGCCCGUUAAAUGAGAGCAUUUUUUUUGAAAAAUUAAAUAAAUGCAUAAAUCAAAGCAUUUCGGAGUAUUUAAUUGAAAAUUUGAUACAGUCAUGCAUAAAGGAGGAAAAGUAUGGAUAUAAUGGAUAUAAACAAAUAGCAGAUUUGACUAACCUCCGCUUCAUGAGCGAACGAAAAAAUUUUUUUUAUUAAAAUUUAUAUAUAUAUUAUAGUACAUUUUUUUUUAAAAUAUCAUUAAUUUGCAAAAUUUUUGUUUAAAAUGCAAGCCGUCUAAAAUUUCAACAAAAUUAGCUAGAUUUAUUCAUUAUAAAAAAUUAUCAUACACAUAUCAAAUAUUGCUCGCUCACAGAGGGGUGUAAGAGAGCGAUUGAGCUAUCCCUUCAUUUUCCUACACAGAAAAUCGAGCAUUAUGCCCCACCUUUUGCGUUAUUCCAAUUUUUUAGUAAAAUUUUGCAUAUUUUUCAAGAAAACAACAAGCAAAAAUUCCCAUUAGUAAUGUGCCUGGAGGAAGGAGAAAUUAAGCAUAUUUCAUCCAGCAUUGAAAAUUUACAGUCAUUAUGGGAGCUUGAGUACCUCAAUGAAAAAAGUGUUGGCAAAAAAUUCAAAUUUUCUGCUAUGGGAGGACCCUCAAGCUUAGGGAAUUUUGUAGCCAUAAAAAGGGUAAUUGAUUUUAUAAGAAAAAAUAUGCUAAUUUAUUCGUGACACCCAGGGAAUUUAAUUGGUGAGCAAUUUGAAGAAUUUAAAUGCGACGAUAUGAAAUUCUACUCUGACGAAAUCGGAGAAGGGCUAGGGCAGAUUCCCAGAUCAUUUUUCAUUUACAUCGAAAUCACUAACACUUUCUUAGACGUCUACACCUACAACUGAAACAAAACAACUCUCCAGAAACUUCACAGCCAAAUAGAAUCCCACGUGCAUUGAAACCGACAGAGAUACAGGCUCGUCAAUAACGCUUUAACUCAAAAACUCGGCCUAUUCCACCACAAUAUCCCUAUGGACACUUUCUCAUUUUUACGAAAAACCCAUCAAAUCCAAAUGUUCCCUCAAGCCUGUGUAAUCCUCGAGCUUAAAGAAGAAUUUGAGAAAUUUUCUCUGGACUCUUUAUUAAAUUCUGACGAAAUAACCCACACAGCAAUUACUACUGAAGACUCAGUCCAAACCUUCAAAAUGACUGGGAUGUUCCCUAUGCUAAAAGAUAUAAAAAAUACUGAAGAAAUCCCAAAUGACAAGGUAAAACUCCAUGGAUAUUUUUUAAAUAUGAUGUAUGAGAAAAAAAGAGCCAUAUAUGAAGACUGCUAUAAACUAGCCUAUGCUUUUAAAAAAUGGGUCUAUGAAAAAGAUAGCAGUGCAAUGAGCAUUGUAAAUCAGCUGCUUAAAAAAGGUGGAAGCUUUAGGAAUGAAAGCAAUUUAGCGAGGGAAUUAAUUACACAGGCACAAAUGAUACAUUGUGAAAAAGCUAGGCUUUUUUUUGAAGUUUUAGAUGUCCCGGCGACUGAGCUUGAUAGAGAGCGGCAAAAAAUGCAGAAAUUAAUUGCUAAUGUUAUGAGAUAUUUAGUGAUUGAAAUCAAAAGGACUACGAAAUUGGACGAUAUGAAAGAGGAUUAUGGGUUCAUGAGAAAAAGCUCACAUGACUUUUCGCCUGAAAAUUCUUCAAGCAAUCUCCUACGAAGAAAACGGACAAGUUCUGGGAUGUUUGACACUGAAUCCAAUAUACAAGUAUUUUUAAAAAAAGCAUUAGAACAAGCCAUAAUCAUUUUAGAAGUUUCUUAUGACAAAAAUUUUAUUAUUACAAGCUCUUAUUGUGUCGAAAGCAUCCAGAAAUUAAUCCCUUUUACCUCAAGAGAUGACGACCCCCCUUCUAUGCAUUUAAAGCGGGAAUUACAAAAAAUAAAAACAUCAAUACAAUCAGAAACCUAUAUCUAUGACGCCCAUAUAAAACAUUUAUGCUAUUAUUUAUGCAGACCCAGGGAUUAUCCUUCAAUUAAUCUAAUAGCAACACUUAACACUAUUGGGAAGCUUUAUUACAGCAAGCCGCCGUCUGCUAAUAAUUGGCAGCAUACAGGAAUGAUGUCAAUUGACUUAGGCGAGCUAAAUGGGAUCACUAUUAAAGAAAUUUAUCAUUAUUUUACCCUAAAUUGUGACGAAUAUGGGUUUACUGCAUUUACAGCAGGGUCUACACCGUGGCCUGUUUAUAAAGUUUUUAAUUUAUCAGGCGAAGAGCUGGCGAUCAACCAAGAAAAUGGCAGCAAUAAUGCAUCAAUUUUAGAGCUGUCCCCUUCGUCGUCAGUAAGGAGAAUUUCUAAUUUCUCUUCAGAUGGGGCAAUCCCUACUCCUCCGCCUGAGCUUAAAUAUGCUACGUCAUUAAGGGCGAUUAUUUAUACCCUUAUAGACACCAAUGAUUCCUCAAGACCUCGGCCAGUUCUCCGCCUUGAAGAUAGCGAAACUAUUUAUAAGCUGAGGAUCAGGUAUUAUAUAUUAAAUUUUGAAAAAACCAAAAAAGGUGGACCUAAAGACACGUUAAAACAGAUAAAAACAAAAGCUGAGGAAUUUAUAUUGGAAGCGAUUAAAAAAUCAAAAUCUCAUUUUAGGAGAGACCAGCUGUGGGAAAGGCUUGGGUACUUGCCGAGUAAAGAUAUUUGUCCUUAUGAGGACUUUUUGCAGCUACUGCAGGCGUCUGAUGUACAGCCGAUUGAAGAAAUUGAUCCGAGAAUUUCUUUGUUGACUUCGCUUGGAAAUGUUUUUACGUCAGAUUGUUUUGAUUAUUUAUAGCGAGACUCUUCAUUAGGAUUCCUAUAGAAUAGUCUUAAAAUAGCCAUUUUUACUUAUAAAUCAAAUUAGAAAUAGGCCAAUUUUACGAUUCGCUCACAAAAAUCAUUUUUUUAAACUCAUUUUCUGAUAUUUUUCAGAAAUAUAAAAGAAGACACACAGUAUAUAUGAUGUAUUUAAAGAAGAUUCAAGAAGAUUCGAAGACAAAGACUGCCUUCAUUUGGUAAUUUUUAACUCCCCUAGGCUUUGCGCACAUUUAAAGAUUAUUUCAGAUGAGCAAAAUUUGAAAAUAAAUGCUGUAAGGAGGUCUAAGGAGUAUAAUAAAGAUGUGGAAGAUAAUUUCAUAUCGGACAUCGUCAGCGAAAUUUUGCAGUGGCUUUGGUCUCGGGUGACAUCAAGAUAA